AUGAAACUGAUUUGGUCUCAUGUUAAAUUGGUCGGUCUUACAGCAAAAGACAAACAACAACUCUAUUUCGAGCUCCGGAUCUCAUCGGAGUUCCGAGUUCCCAGCAAUCUCAUCAUCGAUCGUUUCUGGAAUAGAUUGGAGCAAGAGAAUAACUGGUGGGUCAGCAAACUUAUCCGGAAACGGCAUGAAUCUUCAGUCACAAAUGUUGCUUGGCAUACUAAUAAUAUUCUUCUGGCAACGACGUCUACAGAUGGAAAAUGUCGGGUAUUUUCAACAUUCAUCAAAGGAGUUGACACAAAGGAUUCAAAAGCAGGCUCACCAGCGGAAUCUAAAUUCGGGGAGGUUUGUUUUCUUUGGCAGGCUUCCUCGUUUUAGUAAUUUUCUCACCCUCUCCUUUACUUUGUUGAUGACGUUGGCCCUUCUCCUUUAGCCCAAAGCUUUGCAUUUCGAGAUUUGCCUCUUCGUGAUGUGCUCUUUAUUUCUGAGAAAAUGGUGAUAAGCGUUGGUUAUGACAGCAACCCAAUGGUAUUUGCUGCAGAUGAUACUGGAAUAUGCUUAUUCCUGAACUUUUCCUCAAACAUAAGAAACCUUAGCUUAUCUGUUCUGUUUUGUCUAACCCGUGUGUUCAUUGUGUUAUGUUUUCAGUUUUCAGAAGCCUUUACGAAAUUCUACGGUCAGUCAAAGGCUACAACAGCCAAUGAAGCUUCUGAGUCCUCUAAAUCACGUGGAAGCGUUCAUGAUAACUGCAUAAAUUCCAUUGUAUCUCUUAGCAAAGCUGGGAGUCCUCAAGUAAUGCGAUUCAGCACUUCAGGAUUAGAUGGCAAAAUAGCUAUAUGGGAUCUAGGGAACAUGCAAGAAGAACUUGGCCAUCAGUUUUAAUAAACACAUAAAUAAAAACAAAUCUGGAUUUACUUAAUUUGUAUAUCAGAUUCUUUUGUUUUUCCCAGUAUUUUGUAAGCAUUGACAAUUUCUUAAUUGUUUCACUUUGUAAACUUAUAAUAAUAAAGUUUGGAACUGUAUCCUCAGAUCA